CAUAGGUGCUCGCUAACAGCACUUCCCCCAAACAGUCUGUUAAGGCUACACGGGGGGAUCUUUGUCUUUGUGUAUUUUGUUGUCCUUCCCCGCACCUCCGCUUUUAGCGCACGGUUCGCUACGUACGUAUGUGCAUACGCGUGGCUUAUUUCUUCUUGUUGUUGUCGUCUUUGCAAACAAACGCCACCGAUCGAUGGGUGGGCGGUAGCUUGGGGGAACGCGCCGUUCCGUGGGAUUGGGGGCGAGCCUGGAGAGCGUGGAGCGAGUGCCGUGUCCCGCCGCCGUGGUCGCCUUGGUCCGUGGAGGUGUCGCUGUAAUUCUUUUCCCACCCCCCACGUGAGCACGUGCACAAAACAACAAAAACUCUCGAAAAAAAAUGUAUCUGUAUAGUGUGAUUCCCUAUAUAACUUCUAUUGACAUGAAUGUGGAAUAACUUUUCGUGGAAGUGAUGAACUAUUUAUUGUAGAAUUCCAGCUUAAAUGUGCAACCAGUGAGUGCGAAACUAUACUACUAUAUGUCGUGUAAAUAUGACUCUCGCUAGAUGUACAUUGCCAAGAAUGUGAUGACCUCCCCACCCUGCCCCGCUAUCCCCCCUCCCAUCCCCCCCGAAACCCCUUUCAAAAAGAUAUCACGUAAUAACGUAUGUGAAUGGCAAGACGUUACGUAGCUUAAACAUUGUGGUCGUAGAGAGUUGUGUGUGUGCGUAAAAUGAAUCAAACUCUUCUGUUGGAGAACGUAAUUCUUAAAUAUUCAGGAAACGCUAUCGUGACAUUUUUUUUUGCAGCCGUGCGCAAGUGUUUUGAUUCGUGAAACAAGAGAAAAUCUAUUUAAAUACACGCACACACACGUAUAUAUAUGACUGCAGUAUACACGCACAGGCAAAGAGUAUAUAUAUGAUGUCUACUACCUUAGAUGCUUCUCCACUGACACGUAUUGCUGAUGCUACUGCGUAGGGUUUUCGCGGUUCCGCUGCAGCGCCCUCCGAUGUUGCGUCGCGUCGUCCCGCGCGGCGUUCAGCGCUGCGUCCGAUACGGGACACGGAGUUGCCCUUGCCUACCUCUCUACUCCCGUCUCCCUGUCAUCUCUCCCCCCUCAUCUCCCUCUACUCUCCUCCAUUCACUCUCCUGCCUCUCAUCUCAUUCUACUCCUCUUCACAUGCUCCCCUAACAUUCGCACCACUUCCAAUCCGCCACUCCCCUACCUCUCUACCCUUGUUACUCUACUCACACCUACGCAUUCUCUGACCUCCGGCCUCAUCUCUCUCUCUCUCUGUACUCCCCUCCACGCAUUCUGCUAUCUCCACCCUAUCAUGUCUCUCUCUACUCCCCUCCACGCAUUCUGCUAUCUCCACCCUCUCAUCUCUCUCUGUACUCCCCUCCGCUCUCUCUCCACUCCGGCAACCGACGCUUCCUGUCGUCGGAGCAUCCCCCCCCCCCGGGUCGAACCCUCGCUCGGCAGCUGCGAGGGUCGCUCGUCCUCCAGGCCAGGCGCGGUGCGACCCGAGAAUGACGUCGGAGGGAAAUCCGCGCUGCCGAUGUGUAAUGAACUCCCGCCGUACUGGUUAUGAACAAAGCCAUCACUCCGUCCUUGGGUUGUGUUGCCUACUCGCCCCCUUCCUCUCGUUCUGGACGUGCGUGCGCUGUGUGAUGAUGACGAUGCUGAUGAUGACACGGUUCUCCUAACCCCGUUUGUGUAUUACCCCCUCCCCCACCUCGUCGUGUGUCGUAAUUUGCGAAAUCUGAAUAAAGUUUCCAAAACCAAUGAAACAAAAACGAAUUUGGGUUUGUUGUUUUUCUCAAGAAUUUUCACUUCCUGAAGAAGCAUGUGGCGCAAAACGUCGGACGUCGUUCCCGAACAAGGCACGGUGGUGGCACGACCCUGAAAAUGCAUCGGAGAGAGAGCCACCAUUGAAUAAUUACAAUUAUAACUGGCAGCCCCUUUCUCAAUCCACUGCUGGAUGUGAAGGCCCUCCCAUAUGCCCCGUCAUCUACGGGGGUCGUUUGAACCCGUACUGCACCGCGCUGAAACCAGGUAGAUCCACGCUCGGAUAUCGCUCGCCACCGAUGCCGGCCGUGGCCGCAAAUUGAAUUCAGCGCGGUGCGGUAAACCACUGCACCCACCGCAUCACCGGGGUCGCUGUGUCGCUCACAAGGUUGUUACCGCGCUCUCUUAGGCGACCGUUGGACGAGUCUUCCUGGGAGCUGCUUGCACAUUAGCAGCGUUUGUUAUUUUAAACGUUAUUUAAACGUUAUUAUUCCGCUCGUUGCUGUCGGUGCCCUAACCCUAGCGAGUAAAUUACAUAACCGUGCACUCAUUGCUCUGACCGAUGGCCACAAGCCUCACCUCCAAUUUUUCAUCAACUUCUACUAAAGCUUGUGGCAUUUAUUUAUUCAUUUGAUUUGUUUACAAAUUACAUUUUCUCCAAAUCCCUUAAGCUGCCGAAAACCUGCAACCUUGCGCGGACCCCGUUGCGUUCCUCAUAGUGGCGUUGUUCCCGAGCGUUUGAGUCGAAGCGAUUACCUCGCCACACAACGGGGGUGAGGGGGUGGGGCAAACCAAGAAGCUUAAACAAGAAAAAAUCCACACAGCGACCCGCGGUCAGUCGUAUAAAAUCAGUCGCUGCGAGUUUCUUAACUCACUGGGCUGGAGCCACCAGUCAUCGCGCACGCACGCAGGCAGACUCGCAUACAAACAGAAAAGCAACGCAUACAGGCAGGCAGGCAGACGGACGGACAGGCAACGCACGUUCCCAGAGACGAGUUGCCUCCCACCCACCAGGGUUCCACGCGAUUCGGGUGCCAGGGCUGUCUCGAGGUUUUCUGGGGCAAAGGCGGUCGGUCGGACUGCGGACAAUCCGUGUGGUGGGGACCGAUAGGCCAAGGGGGUCGUGUCGAGCCGAACCGCGCCUCUAACCCCGCGGUGUCUUCUCCUGGACCGCCACCGUUCGGCGGCGUGUUUUGCGGAGGCAGUAAGAGCCACACGCGUUAGUGGGGUGGUCAUACGGCAAGUAGGUUGCUGACCUGCCAGUCCUGAAGAAGUGCAAAUAACACUCGGAGAGAGUUUCUCGUCUAAAAUAAAGGCCACAUGUUAAAUGCAGGACAUUAUUGUUAAAUGUAUUUACUGACAAAGCGUUUUUAAAUAAAGUGCGUUAUCACGGUAUUGUUAGAGUGUUCGUCCCACAUUAGACGUGGGAGAUUUUUUUUCCAGGAACGCUCAAAUACUGAACGCUCCAUACAUCUCGAAGCAGUAGCGUCCAAUUCUCUCGUUUUUUUUGCAAUUAUCACAAUUACAAACAUUGCCAGCAGCAGCACUAUCAUCAUCGUGACUCAUUAUUAUUAUUGUCACGCACGAGUGUGGGCGGAAGGUUCUGGUUGUGCGGGGCCCCCUUGUGCCCCCCGCCUCCCCCGCGUAAAAUCGCGGCCAUGAACGGCCACCGCUCGUCCAGCCGCAAGGGCAAGGUGGAGACGGCCGUCUCGUCCCUCAUCGAGGUGUUCCACCGCUACGCCGGAGAGGACGGGGAUGACCUGUCGCUCAGCGUCACCGAGCUGCGCUCCCUCAUUCGGCACGAGCUGCCCACCAUGUCCCAGCACUGCCAGUCCCAGCAGGCCAUGGACAACCUCAUGAGGUCGCUCGAUGCCAACGGAGAUGGCACCAUCGACUUCAGCGAGUACAUGACCUUCCUCAACAAGUUCACCAUCCUCAUCGACGACUUCUACAUCCGCUCGCUGCUCCGCAACCAGGCCAUCUCGCUGAAGGCGAGCACGGCGAUUGAGGAGGCUCUCUACGGCCUGGUGGAGGCUUUCCACAAGCACGCAGGAAGCUCGGGGGACCCCUUCAAGCUCAACAAGCAGGAGUUCAAGAACCUUCUGCAGACUGAGAUGCCGACCCUGCACGAGUGCCUGAAAACCAAGAGGCAGCUGAAGGAUUUCAUCUCGGCCCUCGACCAGAACGGCGACGGCGAGGUGGACUUCGGGGAGUUCAUGUCGCUUGUAGGACGAUUCGCUCGGGCGCUCAACCACACCGUCUCCAAGUCUCCCUCGUCGCAUCGGACAAGCUUAUAAGCGGCGUCGCAGGGGUCACGAGCGGACGUGAUCACGAACGUCGUCUGAGAACGCUGCGGAGGUUGGGGGAUGCAGCGGUUUGCCGAGAGGUGUUGAAUGUUUUGUGGGGCGUGAUGACGACGAUGACGACAUGUGCCAGUUGGUAGUUGACGUCACACCCUUCAUGGUUAAAGAUGCCAAAUUUGUACAGAGGCUUGACUGGGACAAUGCGGUAGCCCCUCCUUCCCCGCCCCCAUUAGCUACCCCCACUCAGCCGCUAGUCCUUCCCACACAAUGAGCAGCUUGUGUUGCUUGAUGACAAAUAAGAAUGUUUUAGCCUUUCUGGCAAUAAAACAGGUGUAAAGAUAUUCAAACACCAAAUAGAUACCUUUUGCGAGGCGUCAAGUCUGCAUUAACCACACGUACAUGUGGCAAAACAUGCAUACAAACACGCUAUGAUAAUAUAUGCAUUGUCUUUGAAGCUGAUUGGCCACCCAACUGUAACUCAGCACACUACUCAGGUUGGCCCACCCUUUUCCACCUGUCAUGAGUCGAUCAUUACCGAUUUCCGCAAAAGCUUUGGGACACCCAGCAUUUCUGAACCCUGGACUCUCCUGGCCAAACUAGGAAUGUGGUAGUUUUGUUAACGAUGCUCAGUCACUUAGCUGAAAUUAGUUGGCGUGUAAUGAUUCGUACCCCACAUUUAUUACUCUCGAGAUCUGAGGAGAUCUCGAGAUCUGAGCUCCUGUUAACAACUUGAGGAUGCCGGAUGUAAUCUUCAGUAACUUUUAUUUAAAUGCUGACAUCGCUCUCCAACAACAAUAACAACACCAGUGAUACUGCAGUGGUAAUAAAUUUGUGCACGUUUGCUUCACGUGACACUUUUUAUUAAUUGGCUAUGUCGGGUGGAGGACGGUUUACGACACAUUUUUUUACACGACCCAACCCAAUUAAAAACAAAACCCAAUUAUGAAUCAGUUUGAAUUAUGUUGAGCAGAUGUCCUAAUAUCACAAAUGCCACAGGGCACCCCUUGGUGCUCAUCGACGCUCCGCGUUGCGAUGAGCACGGUUGGCCGUGAAUGGGGCGAAACGUCAACAGACGUGCGUACGUAUAUUACGCCGCUAAAAUAUUGAACAUCAUGCAAAUGUUUACGUCACCACGGCCCAAGGAUUAAAUACGCGGCCCUGCGGCGAUAAGAACCACACACGGCGCAUGCGGCUUUAUCCGCGUGUUCCCUUUAAGAGGGGCCAACCUGUGCUAAGCUUAAAGUGGAUUAAAAGACUGGAUUAAAGCAAUUGCGUAGUGAUUGCAAUUGCAAGCAUCUAGAGUGGACCGACAUUGAGAGCGGCGAUUGUAGUUUACAUCUUUUGUUAUCCGAUUGCUUAAGCGGCGCAACAAUCUUGUCCAAACUGUUUGAGGGAUUAUGAAUGCUGGGUUUACAUUUAUCUCUUUAUUGUUUUAUUGUUGUGCUGUUUUUCCCCCCCCAACUUGAUUACAAUUGUGAUGUCGCCCUCCUGUCAUGAGAUCAAGGGGGGUCCAUUUGGUAAUCUCGCGCAGCAGGGAUUUAUUGCAAAAGCACCCCGUGAUGGAGCACACGACACAUGGAAGGUAACAAUACAGAACUACUUCUGAGAUCCCUUGAAGCGAUCUCUUGUUCACACUGCAAGGGCUGCACUUCCGCACACACCGUGCUGUGUAGAUUCGUCAGAAGGGCAUUGUUCAACGUUUCGGGCAAUGGGCCUUCAGAUAUGAAUUUCAAAUGUAUCAGAGCCGGAGCGUGGCACUUACCUAUGAAAACCAAGUUUAACCCAAGUACUCACACCUCGUUGUUUUAUUUAUUUCAUUUGGCAGAAGGGGAUAAAACCUCACACAAGCAAUAGCUCAAGAUUAGUGUGGAAUGAGAACACUGUUCAGAGCUUCAAGCUCCCGAUUUUAAACAUCGAUUCAGACCGCAAGGUGGCGGUGGGUUCAUUGCCUCUGACCGUCGAGCUAUCUGACCACCGGCUCUCACACUCCAACAGCGCUCGGGGUAGAUUGUAGCCCCCCCCCCCCCCCCCCCCCCGUGUACCGACCGAGCCGUUAACCAUAGGCCACGGGCAAAUUAACAAAAUCAGAAUCUACCGGCAAGUUACGCGCAACAACGUUGCAUCGAUACGCAACGCAGUGACGCCGACAUACCAGCACCAACAUCAGGUCAGCUCUCGAUUGUCAGGGUGGGAGGAAUCAUCUGGGUUUGUGGGCUAUAACCGUGCUUGCUUGUGAAAAUUGUUCCGUGAAAUAUCUUUGCGCGUGCUCACUCGCUCACGCUGUAUCACCGCCCCUCCGAGUCACGGGCCCAGUGACACAUCGCCUACGUGACUACAGACGCAUUAGCGGUCACAAAGCCCAUUGCUUCAAACGGCGAGAGAAACGAGGAGGCACACUCACCAUCUUCAUGCCCAUUUGUUGGUGAAAACUAAAUAUACGGACAUAUUGGCGUUACACCGGUGCAGCACAACACACCGGUCCCUCAUAAAACAGUCUAAAAUCUAAAUUGAAUCUGCAAAUCUGUUAUCAGUCUUUAAAAGACUCCUGUCGUCAAGUUUUAUGCGAUUUGAAGGUUUAUUCGGUCUACUGAGACUUGCUAAAAAGAGGUUAACAUUGAACGUUGAUUUGGGUUCGUUGAAUCGAGGAAGCGCCCGACCAAGUCUAGGGCACGAGGAGUCAAAUCUGCUAACACGGAGCAGCCAAUCGUCAUCAGGCUGGGUGAUGCUAUACGUCAACAGACUGUGAAGCGUCGUGCUCAGCCGCUCAUAUAAACAUUCGUCCUCUGACUGCUUCGACAUCACGACAACUGAUUUUGACGAACAACCCGCAAGAUUUUGUGACCGGGGUUGCGAAUCGCGGGAAAAUUUUAAUGAGUAUUGUGAAAAAUUUGCUUUUUCCAUACCCCGCACCGGUGUACCGCCAAUACGUUCAAUUCACCGAAUUUAAUAAAAAUGUUGCAUUGUGUGUUUUAGUUUUAUCCAGACCACCCGUCCGAUGCCCCUCCCCAGGUAAUCAAGAAUUGACUGGCGUGUCAUUGAAUUAUUGACGUGGCUGAAUGUAACUUGCAAUGUCCGUGUUAUUACGCCCCAAGUGUAACCGCACUAAGUUAGACACUUUUUUUUUACCACCGCAGAGCUGAGUCUCACACGCGACGUAACAUUGCACCUCUCUUCCGGUUAAGUUUAUACGGAGGCUUUCGCAACCAAUGUUCUGACUCACAACUAGCUGCUGUUGGCUUCGAUCGUCGUGUGGUUAUAAUGCCAAUUUUCAGCUGUAGCAUCCACGACCCGACUGAUUUCAUUGGCGCUGUCGGGUGGUGGAGGGUGCAGAUCAAAUUGGCAUUACACCCACAGGAUAAACAGCAGCUAAUUAUGUAUCUCUUAUGAUAAAUGACAAUUCCUUACCUGUCAAAUUUAGAUUUUCAAAUUAGAUUAGUGUGUUUGCGCACUAUGACUGUUAAAUGCUCAAUUGUACCCUAUUGCACAGCUACAAUGCAGCUUAUCGUAGGUUGAGUUAUAUUCAAAGAACGUAUCUACUGCGUUCCAGUAUUGUUUAGUUGAUACUCCAUUAUUUGUCAUUAAUCGUCCUGUUAACGCUCGCUGUGUUUUCGGGGUCGUACCACGGCUGUUGUUCGGCGUCGACAUUCGACGUUUCAGCUCUGCCGUGCAGGGAGCUUAUUCAGGAAUGGCUCAGUUCAGUUCUUGAAGCUCCGAGCACGUGGCAACAAAACGUCAGACGUGGCGUGGAACCAUACGCGGCACAAGCCGAAAAACAACAUCGCAGAGCUGUACAGCGGAAUUGCGAAAACCCACACAGUUAAUCGUUUUAAUGUUCAUAUCGGUGUCAGCUUCGUGACGUUGGAAGGGCUGUGAAUGUGUAUUUACAUGCUUCCUGUAUCGCUUUGUAGCCCAGGUCUCCUCCGAAAUGGAAACGCUUGUUCCCAAUUGGCUUGCACCUGGGUGAAAUAAAGGAUACUGAACAAACCGCCCGUUUGAAAAACUCGCUCCUUGCAUCUAAGAAAAGAAAUAAACCCCGCGCACAUGAAACACGGCGGGCAGUGGCACGGAAAAACGAAAUCGACCUUUCGAGCGCAGAGCAACACUGCAUGGUGUGUGGACGCAGGACCAGUUCAAAUGUUUACUCGCCACCAAUGGGAGCCAUUUCUGGGAAUCAAGUUCACGUAAACUAAAGCUAAACUAUUUUAUUUUCAGAAGCGACCUGGCUCUUUUUCAGAAGCGACCUGGCAAGCA